AUGUGUCAACAUUUCCACCUGAAUUCACCUACGCUUUGCCACGUAGCAUUAUGUUCUUCCACGUGUCAGUUUCUAUACCGCAAGUACAAUACAACCCCUAGCAACUUCCAGAGCAAGCUACGUCUCACAAAGAAAACCAGAGUACUAAAGAAGCAAUUAAAGACUCUUAAUCAAGAGAAGUUAGCAGAAGAGUGCGAGAGAAUAGAAGAAGAAAUGGAUAAAGGGUUUGGUUGCUACGACAGCGGGAAGGUGGUGGUUGAUGAUGACUAUGACGUGGGAUGCAAGACGCCUACACGUGACGAAUGCAGGAUACCAGCUUAUCCACUGUGUCCGCCGCCCGUGAGAAGGAAAAGAUCGAUAGUCCUUGGAAAGAACGUGGAGCCACCGAAGAACGGUUACUUUCAGCCCCCGGAUCUAGAGCUGUUCUUUACAGCGGCUGCAACCUCCAGACGGCAAGAAAGCUGCGCUUAGGCUGCUAACCCUCUUUAGUUUAUUAUCUAUAUAAGUAGUCCCGUUCCUGGAUGGAUUGAGUUUUUGUUUGUAAACGGGGUCGAGUUUGAAUACGGUUUAUGUAUAUAUUUGCGCACGUCAUGUGAAGCCUAGGCUUUUGUGAUGUAUAUUGAUAAGGAUUGGCGGAGCAGUGUUUGUAUGAUCUUGAUUUGUGUUAAGCUUGUGUGGUUUUAGUGUUUUUCCUUUCACUUUUUGUUUGUUUUAUGUCGGACUGGGCUCUGAUUAUCCUCUUUCUUUGUAUAUAGGCGGUCUUUGUGUUACUAUCUGUAGUAGUAUUGGACUUUAUAUAUAUGCCUUUUUCAUAUCGAUAAAUGGAAUGUUUGUGCAGUUA